GACAGCUGAGGUGGCAGAGUCUUCCAGAUGGCUGAAUUGGAUCUCAUGGUUCCAGGGCCACUGCCCGGAAUCACUGCUCACCCUCUGGCCACUCUCAGCCCAGACUCUGAGCCAGAAAACCCAGGAGAAGAGGCCAUGGGCUCUGUGGGGGAGCCUCGUGGAGACGCUGAAGCGGGGAGCGGCUCUGCAGAGCAAGGGAAUCCUGGCGGUGAUGGAGAGGAGGAGAUCCUAUGUGACUUCUGUCUUGGGGACAGCAGGGUGCGGGCAGUGAAGUCCUGCCUGACAUGUAUGCUAAAUUACUGUGAGGAGCACUUGAGGCCACACCAGGAGAACAGCAAACUGCACAGCCAUCAGCUGACUGAGCCGGUGAAGGACCAAGACCUCCGCACCUGCUCUAUCCACCACAGCCCACUGGUUGCCUUCUGCCGCCCCGAUCAGCAGUGCAUUUGCCACGAGUGUAGCCAGGGCGACCACAAGGACCACACCUUAAUCUCCUUGGAUGAUGCUCGCAGAGACAAGCAGGCUGAACUUCAGCACACUCAGUCAGACCUGGAGAGGAAACUCAAGUUGAAUGAAAAUGCUAUCAUGAGGCUCCAAACCAACCACAAAUCUGUUUUGGUGUCUGUGUCAGAGGUGAAAGUGGUAGCUGAGGAGAAAUUUGGGGAACUCCUUGCUGCCAUGAGGAAGGCCCAGGCUGACGUGAUGCUCUUCUUAGAAGAGAAGGAGCAAGCUGCCCUGAGCCAGGCUAAUGGCAUCAAGACUCACUUGGAGUACAGGAGUGCAGAAAUGGAGAAGAACAAGCAAGAGCUGGAGAGGAUUUCUGCCCUUAGCAAUACUGUCGUGUUCCUGGAGGAGUACUGCAAAUUUAAGAACAUGGAGGAUAGUGCUUUUCCCAGUGUCUACAUAGGAUUCAUGGAUAAGCUCUCGGGAAUCCGCAAGGUCAUCAUGGAUGGCACCGAACACAUAAUCAAUUUACUACAAAAUUACAAGAAAAAUCUCCAGGAGUUUGCCAAGGAAGAGGAAUAUGACAUCAGAACCCAAGUAUCUGCUGUUGUGGAGCACAAGUAUCGGACUUCAAAACCUGAGCCCACUACUAGGCAACAGUUCCUCCAAUAUGCGUGUGACAUCACCUUUGACCCUGAUACUGCUCACAGAUACCUCCGGCUGCAGGAGGAUAAUCGCAAGGUCACCAAUACUACACCAUGGGAACAUCCUUACCCAGACCUCCCCAGCCGUUUCGUGCACUGGCGGCAGGUGCUGUCCCAACAAAGUCUAUACCUGCACAGGUACUAUUUUGAGGUAGAGAUUUCUGGAGCAGGCACCUAUGUUGGCCUGACCUGUAAAGGCAUUGACCGAAAAGGAGAAGAACGUAAUAGCUGCAUUUCUGGAAACAAUUUUUCUUGGAGCAUCCACUGGAAUGGGAAGGAGUACACAGCCUGGCACAGUGACUCAGAGACACCUCUCAAAGCCAGCCCUUUUCGGAGGCUAGGGAUCUAUGUCAACUUCCAGGGAGGAAGCCUCUCCUUCUAUGGGGUAGAGCCUGAUGCUAUGACUCUGGUUCACAGAUUUCAGUGCAAGUUUUCAGAGCCUGUCUACCCUGCAUUCUGGCUUUCCAAGAAGGAAAACACCAUCCGGAUUGUGGAUUUGGGAGAAGAACCUGAAAAGAUAGGACCAAUCUCUGCAGGAACUAUGUCCUAGAUUCCCAGAUUUUUGCUCGAGGCUGCACGGUUGCCUAUGUUUUAAAUUAUUCUCAAGUGAUCAAGUCUCCUUCUAAUGAUAUAUUUAUGUCAGACAAGUUAACAUCACAUUGUAUUCAGAAUCAGUAACCAGGACUCUUCAGAGCAAUCAAAAAGACUGUACACAAUUGUAAUAAAUUUCUAACUUGUGUAUUUCCUAUGUCUUAGAGACUGUUCUAAGUGUUUCCUGUCUUUUAUUUCACUCACCCCACA